GUCGCACUGAAUCGGUAAAAAUAUUACAAAUUUUAUUUAUAAAGUAAAAAAUGGCAAUAAUGUCAAUUAAAUACACAAAACUCAUAGCAAUUCUCUUUGUUAUGAUAAUAACAUUGAAGUCACUUGAAUAUUUUAUAAAAUAUCAUGAAGAUGUUGAGAAAGAUGACGAACUGGAGAGGGUUAAAAUAUCCAUUCAUUAUGAGGCUCUAUGCCCAGAUUCGAGAUUUUUCGUGGUAUAUCAGUUGCUUCCCAUAUACAAACGUCUUAAAAAUAACAUUGACUUAGAUUUCAUACCGUAUGGAAAAGCUAAGACUAUAGAAACAGCAGGAAAAAUCGAGUUUGAAUGCCAACAUGAUAUUACAGAGUGCUUUGCUAAUAAGAUCCACGCUUGUGCCAUAUCAGUUUUGAAAAAUCCUGAAAGACUAAUUAAUUAUAUAUCCUGUCUUCUUAAACAGUAUCUGUCACCACCAGAAGAAGCAGGGGAGCUUUGUGCCAAAGAGCAAAACAUCAACUUUACACCAAUACUCGACUGUGCGAAUAGCAACCACGGAUCUAUACUGUUAAAACAUUAUGGAGAAAGAACAAACGCUUUGCGUCCUCGAGUAAAAUUCAUUCCAACUAUCCAAUUUAAUGGCAGCCAAACCAUAGUUAGUCAAGCGCUAAUCUUGAAAGAUUUUAAGAAGGCUUUCUGUAGUAUGCUUAGAGUUAAACCAAAAUUAUGUUUAAAUUCUUAAUCACUAUGAUCUCGUAUACAAAUCUACAAAACAUAUCAUUAUCCUAAAAGUUCGUCCUAUAAUUUUAAGAGAAAUGUUCCCUCUACUUGUAUCCCUAUCUCAUACAUUUCAUUAUAUGGAAGUCAGUGGGCAAACCCGAUCUGGUUUUCCG